GAGGCUUGUAUGCAGCGUGUAUUCAGCAUGCAGGGGAAGUUUAAACAUAAUUAACACUGCAGAGAGAAACUGAAGUUUACGGUUGAACUAGAAGGCGACGGCUGUUAACCGCUCUGCAAGGUUCCAGAGUUCUAGAAUUCAUUUGGGCUUUGAUCUGUUAUUAAAGUAAUAAUCUGAAGUGUAAAGUAGAGGUAUAGGUAACUACAGUCAAAUGGAUGGUAAGGAUACGAAAAAAGGUAAUAAAAACAAAAGGGAAAGCAGUACGGCUGUAAAGAGAGAAGUCAAAAGAAGAAAACGGGCUCAAAAUGCUGAAACAGAAGAAUUAGACGUAUGUAGUAAACCAGCGACGAGUACAACCACCAAAGAAGUGCCAGUUCUUCAGCCCAAGAAAAGUAAAUCAAAAACAAAAGAGAAGGAAGGCGGGAGAUCUAAUAAAUCAGAUGAAUCUCGCAAGAAUGUAAAAACAUUAGAUGAAGAUGUAUUGCAUUUGGGAGAAAGAUUAUUUGAAAUUAUUUCUACCCAGGUCAAUGAACCUUAUUGGGCUGUGGUGAAUGUCGUGAAAUUGUUAGAUUCAGACCAUACAGUUCCAUUCAUAGCACGAUACAGAAAAGAACAAACCAACAAUAUGGAAGUUAAACAGAUACGUGAAGUACAGUUCUGUCUGAUAGAACUCAGAUUGGUUGAAAGCAAAGCAAGUAAUAUUUUUAAACAGAUAACAAAACAGGGUAAGAUGACAACAGGUGUAAGGAGAAGCAUCCAACGAGCACACUCUAUUGAAGAGCUAGAUCACAUUUUUGCCCCAUUCAAAACUGGAAGUAAAAGUUCACUGGCCGAGAGAGCAAAGAAGGCAGGACUUGAGCCAGCAGCUAUGAGAGUGUUAAACAAUGACCCACUCAAUCUUCACGAGUUUGUAAGCAGCACAGUUGAUGGUUGCUGUACCAUGGAGAAAGUGAAGCAAGGAAUACAGCAUAUAUUGGCAGAUAUUAUUGCAAAAGAUAAAGAUACAAUGGACCAAAUAAGGCUCUUAACAUCAGAUGGGAGAACCCUCAUAACAGCCGAGAAAUCUAAAUCAGCUUUGAAGGAUGAGAAAGAAAAAAACAUGUGUAACCGACAUUUUGAAAACUAUUUUAAUUUUAAGGUUCCUGCAAAAGAUAUAAAACCACACCAGGUUCUAGCUCUGAAUCGUGGUGAUGCGCUGAAGGAGCUGUCAGUGAAGCUUGAGCUCUCACCGCAUGUGUGCAAGUCAUUCAAAUCCUGGUGUCUGAACCGGUGGAUCCCCAAAUUUUCAAGGGCUGAUGGGAAAGGGUUAUUGACCUCCGCAAUUGAUGAUGCAUACAAACGACUAAUACAGCCCCUGAUAGUGAGGCAGAUCAGGUCGGAGCUGACCAGGUCAGCUGAGAGAGCUUCUAUCGAUGUCUUUGCCCAGAAUUUGAAGCGAUUACUUCUCACGCCGCCAGUCAGAGGGAAAGUCAUUAUUGGCCUAGACCCUGGAUUUAGAAAUGGUUGUAAAGCAGCAAUCAUCUCAGAAACUGGUGUAAUUCUACAUACAGAUGUACUUUACUUAAUCAACAAUCAGAAUCAACAUCAGAAAAGGAAGCUUGUAGAUAUGGUUCAACGCUUCAAGGCCGCCACAGUUGCUAUUGGCAACGGUACAGCCUGCCGAGAAACCGAGAAAGUAAUUGCAGAUCUGAUAUCAAAGAAAACUUUUUAUCCCUUGGAUGUCAAGUAUUGCAUUGUGAAUGAAGAUGGCGCCUCCAUCUAUAGUGUGUCAGAGGAAGCAGAGAAAGAGAUGCCUGACCUGGAUCCAAAUGUUCGUAGUGCAGUGUCCAUAGCUAGAAGAUUACAAGAUCCACUGGUUGAAUUAGUUAAGAAUAAUCCCAAACACAUUGGAGUUGGAAUGUACCAACAUGAUAUGCCCGAGAAAUUAAUGAAAACGGCAUUAGAUGGCGUAGUGGAAGAUUGCGUCAGCUUUGUCGGUGUGGACUUGAAUGUUUGUACAGAAUCACUUUUAAGGAGGAUAGCUGGACUUACGGCAACAAGAGCUAAGAAUAUUAUUGAGUUUCGUGAAAAAAAUGGUGGAUUUGUAAAUCGGGAACAGCUUUUGGAAAUCAAAGGUAUAUGGACGAAGACGUACGAACAGUGUGCUGGAUUCGUGAGGAUCAGUCGUCCGAUUAAUCCACCUUGCAAUUCCCAAAGGGUAGAGGACACAUCAGGAACUGUUCCCGUAAACACUAGAACAAGAAAAACCAAAUCCAAGGUGGAGAAAGUAUUUGAAGCCAACCCUCUGGAUAAAACAUGGAUUCACCCGGAAUCGUAUAGUACAGCCACCGAAUUUUUAGAUAUGAUUGGAGAGGGAGCCGAAUGUAUUGGUCUGCCCACGAUGAGUAAGAAGAUCGACAAUGCAUUGAAAAAAUCAGGUAUAAGAAAGUUUGCAGAUGAUCUGGAUGUGGGUGUGCACACAAUGGAGCUAAUCAUUGACGGACUGAAGCAGCCUAUAGGAUAUGACAUCAGAGCAGAAUAUGACAAACCACUUUUCAAGGUUGGAAUCAUGUCGAUGGAUGACCUCAAAUGCGGUUCAGUCUACCCUGGCAGGGUCACCAACGUCACACAUUUUGGCGUCUUUGUUGACAUCGGUGUUCAGAAAAGUGGUUUGAUUCACACAAGCAAAAUACCCCAGCACCUUGUAGCAGCUGGCCGCCAGUUUGGACCGGGGGACAAAGUUGAGGUGAUGGUCUUGAACAUUGAUAAAGAAAGGCAACGCAUACAGUUACAGCUUGUUAAUUUACCAUAGCAACCAUUCAGUUUGACAAAACCAAAGGAAAAAAAAAUAUGUGGACAAAUUUGUUUGCAUUAAAAUGCAAUUUAUUAUCUAAAAAUGACUAUAAAUAUUAUGUUUAAAUAUACUUUUAUUAUUUGACAAAGUGAAAGAGGAUUAUGAAUGAAAUUUCCUGGACAUGAUGAGAAACAGGAAGUAAAGACCAACUCAAGAGAAUGCAACAAUUAAAAAUCAAUUAAAGAGGGCAAAGUACAGAUACAAAAACACAUAAAAUACACAGUGUUGCCAGACAUUGAAAGAAGAAGUUUAAAUUUCAAUUUUGUAUCUGGAAAAAAUGGUAUUAUUUCUCUUCAGCGACAGAAAAAUCUGGGCAGUAUAAUCAUUUCUAGUGGCGAAUUGUGCCAAGUGGAUUCACAUUUGGAGUGAAAUUUUAAACAUUAGUUUGAAGGUUUGUGAAAGUAAAAGUAUUGUGGCAUUACUUUAAGAUUUACCUGAUGGUAUUGUCAUGUAUAUCUUUGAACAAGAAUUAACUUGUUACUGUAUUUAUGUUCUUCUUUAUGUUUUAUGCUUGUCAUAGCCAAUUGCUGGGUUGAAAAGCUCAGUAUGUUUACAUUUUCAGCAUUAUUUUAAGGAAUAAUGUAGGCUCACAUUCAGUUAUGUAAAUAUGUGAAGCUGAUAUGAAGAUCUUAAUAGUGGGUCCCAUUCAUGUCCCACUUUAUUUAAAUCUUUUUCCACACUACCAAAUUUUAUGUGACAAUGAAAUGUGAUGCAGUAUGUCCAUAUUUGGGUGUAAUAUGACAUCAUCAUGCCCAUGUAUGGGUAUAUUGUCACAUAAAAUUUGAUAGUGUAGACAAGAGCUUAAGAGGAUCAUUAGAAUAAGAGAAUGGCAUCAUAUUGUAUAAAGAGAUUGCUACAACAUAAAGGACUAUUUACCAUAUAAGGUAUAACCAAGGAAAAUGAUAUGCGAUGAGGGUAUUUCUAUUUAGUCACGUGUUUGAACAUUGUUGAAAAUAUACAAAAUAUCGUUAUUUUAUUAAAAGACAUUUAUUAUA